ACGCAAACAUUUUUAUUAAUGUUUUUAAAAGGAAUAAUUUAAUAAAUAUUUAACGUUUAAGUACGUAGACAAAUAACAUCGAUGUGCCGUCAUUGUUCUAAUCACACAGAUAAAGCUAAACAAAGAUUCGAUAUGACGGAACCACUCGGUGCGGCAUCUCCACAUUAUUAUCAUUGCGCGCUCUCGCCGGUGAUCCACCUGAACCCGCGCUCACAAUCUCGCCCGGCCGACGAAACGAAUGACGCUAGCUGUCUCGCUCGUUCGCAGCCCGCGCGAGAUGCGCUCUCUCCUUCUCCCCGCGCGCCCGGCCGCCGCUCUCGACCAAUCGGCGGCCAUCUUCUGCUCCCCCGAGAGCAGAGCGACAGUGCGUACUCUCAUCACAAUCACAAGGAGACGACAUCUCGCCGCGCGAGGUUGUCGUUCCCGCGCGAGAUGCGACACACGUUCGACGCGCGAAUUACUUCAAUAUAGUGCCUUACAAAUUUUCAAGUGAUCGUCAAUAAAAAAUAAUCCAAGACUGUAAAUCUGUGCUCAAAAAAUAAUUAAGGUGUUUUGUGAGAGACUGGACGCUGUUUCGUGUGCUGUUGGACUAUUAUUUUGUUUUAUUUCGGGCUUCGGCUGAUAUCGCAAAAAUUAUCCACCAUUGGGCGUAGGCGCGGUCGACCGUCGCGGGCCAUGCAGGGUGCUGCCACUGCGCCCGCGCCUCCCGCGGCUGAGCCGCCUUCCACGCAACAAAUCAAAACAGAGGAGGUCAUCAGUGAAGCUAAAAUCGAGGCCGACGAAGAAAUGGACGGCGUUCAAAUUGAAAAGCAAGAGCUUCGCGUCACUAGGACGACGAGCAUCGACAGUGACAACCGAUCUGACAGGAGCGAGGAGGAAGACCUACGCAGAGCGCGCAAACGAGCCGCCUCCACCUCACCCUCACCCAUCCCCAUGGACAAGAGAACCGCAAGAUACGAGUGCCCCAAGUGCCGGCAGCGAUUUGACUCGGUCAACGCUUUCGACAUCCACCGAUUCACGGCGCACAGUGACGAAACCAAGACUGGCUUUGACGACCUAACAUUCGUCGAUUUCUCAAGCAAAAAGUUCCCCGAAAUUGCCAGAGGUGUCUGCGAGAGGAACCCGCACGUGUCAGUGACGGAACAGCGUUACAGAUGCGACAUGUGCUGCAGAGACUUCCCGUGCGGACAAGCUUUGGAGAUGCACAGGAAGUCAUGCGCAUCCGCUACCCGGAUUCCUACCCCUGAAAGAGACCGCACGAGGGAAGACUUCUUCGCCAAAUUAGAUCUAAAGAACAGGUCUUUUGGUAUACCUGGCACGUUAACCCCACCAAUGGAAAGAUUCACGCCUAAAUUCGAUGAUGGCCAUCUCACAAACGGCAUCAGGCACAUCGAUGCCGCUCGCGACUUGGCAGAUAUUCAAUCGAUAUUAAGUGUCACGUCAGCUGGCGGCCUUUUAGAAAGGCUUACUGGCACAAGAGUGGCUUUAGAAAGCUCCGUCCUAACCCCUCCUGAUACCAUUACUAAGGACAGAGAUCAAGAGGAAACCCAAGACAAUUUCGCGGCGGAGUUCAGGCGAAUGAAGCUACGCGGAGAGUUCCCUUGCAGGCUGUGCCCGGCUAAGUUCCCCAACCUAAGAGCUUUGAAGGGGCACAACAGAGUGCACUUGAGUGGAACAGGCCCAGGGCCUUAUCAAUGCAACAUGUGUCCUCAUGCCUCUUUAGACAAGGCAGCGUUAGUACGUCACAUGCGCACACAUAACGGAGACAGACCGUAUGAAUGCGCUGUAUGUAACUAUGCUUUUACAACCAAAGCUAACUGUGAGCGUCACUUGAGAAAUAGACACGCCAAAGUCACAAGAGAAGAUGUGAAACGAUCAAUAAUUUACCAUCCUUCUGAAGACCCCAACAAUGACGAAGUGAACUCAAAACUCGCAAGAGAUGAAGUGAAGAGAUCACUCGCCUUCCACACUCCUGAUAUUGAUAGGCGAAAUGAAAGUACUGGACGCGAUACGCCUCUGACACACUUCACCCCAAGUUUCAUUACUGAUAGACAUCCAGUCACUAACUUAACGACCAAACCGUUACCACUGCCAUUACCAGAAUCGCCUUUACCAUUACCUAUUCCAAGAGACUCAGAACAACCCACUCCUCGUAUUAAAGUGAAGGGAAUCGGUCAGUUAACCCAAAUACCUCCUGAGUUUAGGCCACCAGAAAUCUCGUACAAGCAGAAUGAUAUUUCACACGAUUCGUACGAUGAAGAAGCUCCAGUAGACUUGAGCACGAGUGACAAUAAUAGCUGUGAUGUCCUUGAUCUCAGUAAGAAGAAACGUGACGCUGAUGCUGAGGAGCCGAAGUCUACACCACGUCCUUCUUUCGAGCCCGACCCAGCAAGCGUGGCCGCAACAGCAUUUGAGAAGACUAGACUCCUCUUAGCUUCACAAAGGCUUUUUGAAAACUCCCUUCCUAAAAUCGAUCCUGCUUACUAUGCCAGCCAGUUAUCACAGCUUUACGCUGGUGCUGUUCCUGGAAUUCCUGGCUUACCUCUACCACCUUCCUUUCCUAUCGCCCCAUACUUACUUCAACCUUCGUUUUUUCAUCACCCAACUGAUUCUCGGGAACUUGCCGAAAUAAAAGAUCACAUUCAAAAAGAAAUCAUUCGAGGCCUAAGUAUGUCUGGUGGCAGACUCGUUCCUAAUGAUCCAGAAAGCCAGCCGAAACUUGAGCCUGAAGAAGAUGAACAGAAGCCCCCACCAUCAGUGUCACCAGUACCAUCACCACACUCUGAAUCUCCACGUCCACAAAUGAAUAACACUCUCGUCCCUCAAACGGACUCAGUGAAGAUGGUUAUAAAGAAUGGAGUGUUAAUGCCCAAGCAAAAGCAAAGAAGGUACAGAACUGAAAGACCUUUCUCAUGCUCUCAAUGUUCAGCGCGGUUUACGCUGCGGUCCAACAUGGAACGUCAUGUGAAGCAACAACACCCGCAGCACUGGAGCGUCAGGAGACCGGCACCGAGGGCGCCACCGCCGUACCCGACGCCUGACUCGCUGACCGACCGCAUGAAGUUCGCCUUAUUAGCUCGCCACCUUGAAAGGCCUUUACAACAAUCCGAACAUUCGCCUGUACGAAGAGAUUCUGAUGAAGUAGCUGACAACGAGGAGGAUGAAGAAGAUACCUUAGUAAUAGAUGAAGAACCUGAGCCGGAAAUCAAGGCAGAAGAUCACACUGCGGCACGCAGAGCAGCCGCUGAAAUCCUCAUGGCUACGUGCCAACAAGAAAUGACCAAAGACUUCGAUCUUAAAAUCGCUGGGAACUUGAUCAACAAGCCCGUUCCUAUUACCAAUGAUAAGACCGAGUCUGGAACUAAUUCUAUCUCGCCGACUCAGGAACCUUUGCCAGUACCUGUGGUGCCUACUCGCAGUGACGAGGAGGAAGAUGAGGAGGGCUUAGUUGCCUCUACAAGCGAGGGAAACAACUCUGGAAGCGAUGAAAAUAAAUCGGAAACAGACACAGCCCUGCCACCGAAAAAGAAGUCUGCUUACAGCCUCGCACCUAACCGGGUGUCGUGUCCUUACUGCCACCGCAAGUUCCCGUGGUCAUCAUCCCUCCGGCGCCAUGUCCUCACGCACACAGGCCAGAAGCCAUUCAAGUGCCCACACUGCACGCUUCUCUUCACCACCAAGUCAAACUGUGACCGCCACCUGCUAAGGAAGCAUGGAGGUUCAGCACGAGCAAUACUUGCCGAACCGAUCCCUGAGACCGUGUCCCCACCACAACCAGUAAACGACACCAGAGCGGUUCCCGAAAGACCCUUCAAGUGCGUUUCUUGUCCCACCAGUACCUUUUCCUCGCUAGACACGUUGAAAAAGCACAUGUCUUCGAGACAUGGAGCAGACUCUCAACCAAGCUCUCCGAACCCUGAAAUAAUUGAAGAAACAAAUGAAGGUGGUCUUGUCUUCAAAUGCCAUUUAUGUGAAGCGUCUUUCGGCGAUAGAAGUGGAGCCCUAUCUCAUUUGGCGACGGGACAUACUGCUGAAUAUGAGCAGCUGGUCAGCAAGGGAGCUUUGGAUGCCGCGAGUGAUAGAAGUGAAAGCGCUGACGAUGACGAAAGGGGGAAAUUUCCUGACCAUGCUAAUAGAAAGGUGGUCUGCGCAUUCUGUAUCCGUCGCUUCUGGUCAGCAGAGGAUCUUCGGCGCCACAUGAGAACUCAUUCGGGUGAGAGGCCGUUCGCAUGUGACCUCUGCCGACGUCGGUUUACGUUGAAGCACAGCAUGCUGCGACAUCGCAAGAAGCACAGGGAAGAGAUCACGGACGAUGAGGAGGCUUCACCGCCGAACACGCCGCUUGAAGAUACCGUCACGAAUGGAUACCGCUACCAAGACGACGACGGCUCAGGCAGCGAGAUCCCAAGCAACGUCAACAACAACAAUUCUCCCCCCUCCGCGCCGUACGAAAAGAAGCUCAAACUGGACAUGACAUCGCGCAAGUACUCCUCAGAGGCCGAAAACGACCCAGAAAACAGCGACCUCAUUGGUAAACUGCUCGGUAUCCCCGACAAAACCAUCAACAAGCUACUGUCCUCCGCGGAUGAAGCCGCCAAAAUCCUUGGCGUGAAUAAAUGAGAGUACGCUAUAGUCCUCGUGACGCCCGCUAGACUUAUUCUAGCGCCACGGGGACUAAAAAUACCGGUGCAAAACAUUCAAAUUCAAACAUCCAAAGCUACUGAAAACGGCAAAGCGCCAUCUAUCAACGAGUAGGCGUAACGUAUCUGUACGUUUGCGCAAAAAUGUUGUAAAUAUUUUUCUAGUUUUUAAAAUUAGAAUUCGUCCUUAAGGAUUUUUAACGAAUGAAUAUUAUAUAACAACGCCAUCUAGCAACGAGUAGAAGCAUUAAGUGCAGCCGUAUUGGCAAUAACCACUUCAAUGCAAUAGUGUAAAUACUGCUAGUUUAACUAGGUGCCUUUAGCUGCCUUAUUUUAAAGUAUAAACCGUCCUAUUAUGCCUUACUGUACUAUUUUAAAGCUUAAAAAUGUGGGUAAAUAACAACGAAGGUUUCUUAGUGCCAGUUCUUAAAAGUACACUGUAUAUUUGAAUUGUAGCUUUUAGUUUAUGGGUACUCAUGCUCUUAAUUUUUUUAGUAAUAACGUAGGUUGAAUAAGCCAUUUUUUACUUAGUAGGUACUAUACAUAUACAGGGAGUCAGUGUAAGAUCGUGAAUUUUUAUUGUUUUUCAAUAACUACGAUUUAGAAGGAUUCUCCUUGUAUGCAUCAAAAAACAAUAAAAGCAUUGAUCUUAAGCGACUCAACUUCACUCUAUAUUUAAUGCACAUAUUUAGAUGAUAAUCUAUCGAUGAGCAACGAGCCGAUGAAUUUUGCAUUUCCAUCUAGUCGGGUACUAUUUUUCAUACGUUUUCAUGUACUAUAAAACACCAAUUUUAGUAAUAAAGUUCAGCCAAAAAAACUUAAUUUUCGCAAACCCAAAAUUGAUCUAGUCAACUUUUAAACGAUUUUUUUCUUAUUCUAAGCUAUAAUACCAAAAUAUCAAGUUUACAUUUUCUUACAGUAUAGAUAUUAUUCUAAGAUUUCAAGUAAAACCUCCAAUUGUACUACCAAUGAAUAGUUUUAAGCAUCUAUUACAAUGGUUUACUUAAAUAAUUAUAAUUAAAAAUAGUGUAGCUUCUGUAGACAUUUAAUUCAGUCUGAAAUAAUAAUAUCUUUACUAUAAUAAUUAUUAUCUUGAAUAUUUCAACUCUUAUAUCUUACUGCUAAGCUCUUUCUUUCUUUGAAUAAACUAAGUAACUAUUUUAAACUUAAGAACCGUGUACAUAGCAUUUUAUCUCAAGGGGCAGAAGCCAGUCUAAAUGCUAAUCUAGGUUUAAGAAAAAACAUUUAGUAGGAUCUUUAGAACUUUUCUAAAACCUUAAUUUCUUAAAACGUGAAUUAAUUUAUAUGACGUUUUGUUUGCUCAAAUUCAUAGCAUUUCUUUACUGACAAAGACUAGAGGUUAGUAUACAUUUUAAGGAAAAAGGUUAGGAUCUCUUAGGUACUUAGAAAUUUAUUUAAAAUUCAAUAGAAGUUUAUAUUACGUUUCUAACCCAUGGAUCGGUGGACUCCCGUUAACCAGAUUGGGAACUUAUUUUGUUGGAGAAAAAAAUAUUUAGUUUUCAUUCAAAAAUUUAUUCGAGUUCUUUUUUUUAAUAUUAUUAAAUAUAAUUAUUAUUUUAUCGGUAAAAUAUCGGUGCAGCAAUAUUUUUUUCUUAAAGGUUAUAAACCUUUUAGGGUAGUCUUAGGAUUUACAGUCUCCUCAAUGGAUGGACGAAUCAUACGCUAGAAUAUACCUAAGUUCGAAUGUGCUUUGUAUAUUUGUAACGCUACUAUAUACCAAAUAUAUUUUAUUAGUGGAACUAUUGUAAGGUUUUAAUAUAAUAAAUAUUAUUAUAUAGUUUUAAUAAGCUCUUAUUAGAGCACUUCGUAUAGAAGUCAGUUUUAAGCAAUAAAUCAUAGAGUUGUUUCAUGAGAAAACAAAUGUAUGUCAUUGUUUAACGUAAUAAAUACAGCAUUUGCAUUUAAAGUCUCCGAAUAUCAGUAACGCAAGGGACAUGAAUUUACUCAUGAAAAAACUCUAAAUAGACUUCGUAAUAACUAUUCAUAAGUAUUUCAAAGAUAGAUGUGACUUUUCGUAAAUUAUAAUAUCAGUUUAACUAAAUAUAUACCAAAGUAAGUAAUAUUGUGUAAGUGUAUGUAUUAAUUUAACUGAAUCCUGCUUCAUGUCAAUUAUAGUUAGAAAAAAAGCGAAUGAUUUUGAUAUUUGUAAUUAUAUUUAUUUAGUGUUUCCUUUUUGUAUAAUUUGCUUCGUCCAAUAAGCCAGUAGGUAUGAAUUGCUAUUUUAAUAACAUUAAAGAGUAAUGUUACAUAAUUAUAAUUAGCUAAUAGGUAGUAAUCUCGUACUUACUAGGAAUAGUAAAUAAGUAUACUAGUGUUUAAGAAUAUUGUGGCAACACCGCUUGGCCUUUUAAAUGUAGUGUUCGUGUGUUUUAAAAUAUGCUCUCGUAUAAGUAAGUUAAACUAAAUUUUACCAUUAUUACGCAUGUUUUUAAGAGUAAAUAUCAUACAAUUAUAAUUAUAUUAAGAUGUUACAAUUCACCUUUGCCUCUCUUUCUUUAUGCAAUACGAGUGUCGUUUUAAAAACGGUUUUUUGUCAAAUAAAUAAUGGUGUAUUAUUAAAAUAAACAAAA